CAUUUCCGGUAGAUUGUUGUGGCUUAGAAACGAAAAAAAUUAACUGUAAUGACUUGAAUAAGGGAACCAAAAGCGUGACUAUACAAUCAAGAUUUUUUUUGCAUAACACUACAUUACUGAGAUGCCUGUUUACAUUAGAAAGAACGUUAAUUUUACUCCGCCAUCAAUCGACAAGUUCCCUUUGGAGGAUGACGAGGACUACAUCACAGAUCCCGAUCAACUGGUCGAUAGACUUCCACAGCCAUAUCGUAUGAUAGACAAGGUUCUUACACAGUGGUAUGAUGAAGUAUGGGAAAUCAUAGAGAAGCGUGAAAAUGAGCGUUUAGAGGAGAGCCGCAGAAUCCGCCCGCCACAGUAUGACUGUUCAAAUCAAAUGAAGAGUCAUGGAAGGGCCUGCUGUAUAUGUGACAGUGUUGAUGGACGAUACAUUUUCAUUGGACUUCCCCGAGGAUUGGCAGCAGUGGAUUCAUUGACACAAGAAAGAAUAGCCACUUGGGAGGAAGAGAGUGUUGAUAUACACUAUGUGAAGGCUUAUUUAAUUGGUGUUCAGGUCUAUCUAGUUACCACCAUCGAUGAUAUGGGUUUUGCACGAUUGUUCAUAUUUGGGGGUGACAAAUUUUACUUCGUAAAGAUUUUGAACGAGUUUCAGAGAGGUAGAGGCGGGGCACAUAGGCCUAUUUUCUCUAACCCCGCUCAUGCAGAGGGUGGAACAAAGCUGAUCAUAACUAAGUGUGAGGCAUCAAGAAAUGGUGACUAUCUCGGCGCAGUAUUUGAAAAUCCAGAAACAGCUGAAGUAUGGCUGGAGGUUUACAAACUUCCUAGGGAUGCGUGGCUGAGUGAGUUAGAAUCAGUUCUAGCACAGGCAAAGAAGGAAGAAAAAACAGAGGAUCCUCAGGAACAAGGUACUGAACCUGUAGCCACAACAGAUGAAGAAGCCCCCACUCAAACUGAAGUGGAUCCUUCCCCACCUGUUACCCAGCCCAGAAAUCGCAGUAUUAGUCGAACAUCAUCUAGGCAGUCUGUUAACAUGGCGGCUUCUAGUCAAGAAGAGAGUCAUGGAGAGAAACAGAUGCCUAAAUUGUCCCCUACCUCUGUGGUGAUGAAACUUAAACCUCCUCCCUCCAUCUCGGAACUUAGACAAAAAGGUAACACCUCCUCCUCAGUGUAUUCAGCUUGUCAGAAAGUGGAUGCAGGGGAGGUUAUCGGUACAGGUAUAAAUCAUAUAUUAACUCCCAGUCACAAAGAAAUGAGGAAAGAAGUGUUUGCUCAUCUCCAUGACAACCUUAUUGACUAUUUACCAAAGGAAGAGGAACUGGAAUCACUCGAGGAUGUCAAUUUCCAUUUUAUGACAGCUGGGCGAUUGGUUCCCUUUGGUCUGGAACAGCAGAGUCAGAUAGGCAAUGAAGAUGAACUAAAGAGAUUGCCAACAACUAUUGCUGUGUGGUGGAAGGGAUCCACACAUAUGGUACAUUACUCAUUGCUCAAACAACACAAAGAUUUUGAGGUUAAGCCUGAUUUAGUCUGGCCAUUUACUAGCCCUGUGACCUCAUCUUCCAUCAGCGAUGAUUCCUCCUUAUUGGCUGUUGGAUUUGAAAAUGGGAAUGUUGUGAUCUGGGACAGAUAUUUAGGUAUACAGAGAGGAGUUGUUAACAUUGUGGACCAAGUUAAGAUUGCACAGCUGAUCUUCUUGGAUCCCAGUAUCUGUCCCCAGACAGUGGAUGAUUAUAAGCCAUACAGAACUAAAUCCUCCACCUACUUGUUGAUUCUGUGUGACAAUGGGGCUCUGUUUGUUAUGAUGACGGGGCCUGGUCUGGAACUAGACCCCAUCUGUGUCACACCACGAGUAGAGAAAGAAGAUGAUAUAUUUACACUGGUGCAGCCUGUACAAGGAAUGCAUGAUUUGCUAAUAACAAUCCUGAAAUCUGGGAAAGUUCAAAUCAGAGAUACUCUACAAGGAAAGGUUCUUUGUGAACCUGUUCUACCAAAGUCCCAUGAACUUAUGACCCCCUGGGACCCUGUUGUUGCUGUUGGAGCUAUGGGGCAACUUUUGUUUCUGAAAGGAAACAAUAAGGACUAUGGAGAAGAGGAAGGAGGGGAUCAGUCGGAGAGUGCGGGGGCAUUAUUUGUAUAUCAGAUGAGAUCCUUCCCCUCCCUAGACUCCUACAUGACCAAAAAGAGGGACAAAGUACAGCAGACUGUCCAUGCUAAAAUAGAAAAUAGGAUUGAAGAAUUGAUGAAAGAAAGGAUUGCCAUGCAGGGUCUCAGAAAAUCCCGAAUGCAGGAGAGGUGGGGGAAUUUAAAGGAGGAAAUCUGGAGCAUUCUGCAGUAUAAGGAUGAGGCAGAGAAAUUGGCAGACGUUAGACCUGAAGUCCAUUAUAAGUAUGUGAGGAAUUUCUCUCAGACACCAGGAUCAAUGGGAUGGUCGCCAUUUUUCCAGAAAUAACGAUUAUGUGUUUGGAGAUAUUUUGGUUUAUGACUUUUUAACCGAAUUUUCCGUCCAGUGUGAUAUUUCUUUAUUUAUAAUUAUCUGUAAAUAAAUUGAUAAAUUUUCCUCGCUU